CCUGACACUCCGGGCCGGUGCCCUGCCUUACUUUACUGGCAGCUCUUCCCUCUCAUCUUGUCGUUCGAUGUCAGUUUCUUUCAUUUCUUCACCGUGAGUUGCCUUUCUAGAGGCAGGCAGAGAGUGUGUGUCACGUCACCGUUGUCUCCUGGUACCUGGUCGCCGGUCCUGCAUAGAUCGUCUCGCAUCGCCCGGACAUCACCCAUCCCAGCUGUCACCCAACACAAACUUCAACCGCUGGCAGCAACUAACCAUCAAAACUCGCCUCUCGCUUCCCGCUUCUGCCCGCUCAGUUCCACGUCCGUUCGGCGUCUCUUCCCAUCGGUAUCCUUGCCACCCGCUCGCAAACCGUAGGGGAAACUUGGGGAAGGAAACGAAACAGAAAACAUCCCCAACAUCCCCCGGCAGGCAGCCCUUCCCGUCUUCCCCGGCGUGCGCCCGUCCCUGCUUCGGCCUGAGAACAUCGGAUCCUCCCAUCCAGCUCCCUCUCCCAUCCCUGACCUGAGCUGUGGCCAUAUCCUCUUUCGUCUUCACCCAUCAUCAUCGAAUCCCUUCCGAUUCUCACAUCCACAUCGACUGUCAUUUGCCGGACCCUUUGCCUCUCGUUUCUCAAUCGUUGGCAACCCCCUCAACUAGCAAAUCCACACGUCCAAUCGCCCCAAGCACUCUCCGGCCUGUUCUCUACAUCCUCGUCAUCACGCGCCACAAUGGCAUCCCUUGAAGAGUUUAUAGAUAGCCUUCACUACCUAUAUCCGGCCCUGGCUUUCACCUACUUCGUCGUCGCUUCUGUCGUUGCGGUCUGCACUCUGCAGACCCUCCGGGCUGCCAACAGCCCAGGAAAGGAGUUCAUCCCUCGCUCGUGGAUUCUCAACCUCUUCGUCGCCUUCGUCUUGACCUACGUCGCUCAGCUUGUCAUCAUAGCCAUUGAAUCCAUCCUGCUGAAGGAAUGGAUUGGCCAGGAGCAUCAAGUUAUUGGCCUGCUCUCCUGCGUUCUCGUCUUCGGUACACAACUCGCUUUCCUAUCUGACACAUUACACCCAGUUUGGACACCGUACUGGGGAUCAUGGCUCAUCUCCCUGACGUUCGAGCCCAUGAUCGCCGUUCCCGACUUGAUUCUCCGACGAUCCAGCACAUUUGAUCACUGCCGCAUCGGCCACCUCGUCUUCGCUGGUCUGCGCUACUACCUGCUUCUUACCAUCUUCUCAGUCUAUGUCGUUCAGCGCAUUCGGGCCAGUCAGGAGGAGGCUUCGGACGAAGAGCGGCAAUCUCUCCUCGGACAAGAUGACCCAAAGUCACGCUUGAGUAGCUCUGGAAACGGCAGUCAGAGCUCUGGCUCAGGUUAUGGGACCAACGACCCGCCCGAGUCGUACUGGGCAGAGCGCCAGCGAAAGGCCCAAGAGGAGAUGGAGAAGCGACUUCAGGAAGAGGGCAACUGGCUUACGUAUAUCAAGGGUUUCACGAUCCUAUUUCCCUACAUUUGGCCCGUCGGUCAAAAGUCUCUGCAGCUGCGCCUAGUUCUCGUCGGCCUCUGUCUUCUUGCUGGCAAUGCUCUCAACCUGCUGAUUCCUCGUCAAUUUGGUAUCAUUGUCGACGAGCUCAAGGAUCGGGACUUCAGCGGGGCCUGGAUUGGUGUGGCCAUCUAUGGCCUGCUAAGAAUUGCUGCCUCCGAUGCCGGUAUCGAGUUCUUGCGCGAAUGGCUGUACCUCCCCCUCGAAGUCUACGCCGACGGCGCCUUGAGCACGGCUGCAUACCGACACAUCCUGAACCUGUCUGCCGACUUCCAUGACUCCAAGAGCACGUCCGACAUAAGCCUGGCCAUGUACGGGGGGUCCAGCAUUUCCGACCUCCUGGAGUCCAUUUGCUUCCAGGCCCUGCCCAUGUUGAUCGACCUUGUUGUCGCCGUUGUGUACCUGUCAGUCAUUUUGGGACCCUACGAAGGCCUCAUCACAAUUGCGACAAGUACCCUUUUCCUUUUCAUCGCCACCAAAAUGAUCGCCGUAAUGAAGGAGCGCCGUCGAGCCCACGUCAACGCCCAGUACGCUGAGCACUACGUGCGCCAGACUGGGAUUACCGGAUGGCACACCGUCGCGUCAUUCAACCAGACAACAUACGAGGAUGUCCGCUACUCGAACGCCAUCCACACCCGCAUCAACUGGACCAAGCGUGUUCGUCUCGGAUGGUUCACGGCACAAGCGUUCCAGUCACUCGUUCUCCUUUGCGGUCUCUUGGCCGGCGCUAUCUUGGCCGUCUACAGGAUCAAGAGCAGCAAGGCCACACCCGGUGACUUGACGAUGCUCUUGAUGUACUGGGCCCAGCUCACCUCACCGCUGCGCUUCAUGGCCAGUCUUGGCAAGAAAAUCGGAAGUGACCUCAUCGAUGCAGAACGGUUGUUGGACAUCAUGAAGAAACAGCCUACCAUUGUCAACAAGAAGGGAGCACGAGCUCUCAAGCUUGUCGGCGGCAAUGUCGAGUUUACCGACGUUAGCUUCACCUACGACAACAAGAAGAAGAUCAUCAACGGAAUCACUCUUUCCGUCCCUGGCGGCCAGACGGUGGCCUUUGUUGGCGCUACUGGUGCCGGCAAGUCUACCAUGUUGAAGCUGCUCAACCGUUUCUACGACGCAAGCGAAGGAUCCAUCCUCAUUGAUGGCCAAGACGUCCGUGAUGUGGACUUGCACAGCUUGCGCGACCGGAUUGGCUUGGUACCGCAGAACCCGGUUCUUUUCGACGACACCAUCAUCAGCAAUAUCCGCUACGCAAGAAUCACGGCCUCGGAUGACGAGGUUUUUGAGGCCUGCAAAGCAGCUUGCAUUCAUGAUAAGAUCUUGACUUUCACAGAUGGCUACAAUACCCGGGUUGGCGAGCGAGGAAUUAAACUUUCCGGCGGCGAACUCCAGCGUGUAGCAAUUGCUCGCGCUAUUCUCAAGCAGCCCGAGAUUGUCCUUCUUGAUGAGGCGACAAGUUCUGUGGACACUGACACUGAACAAAAGAUCCAGCAGUCGUUUAUGCAGCUUUGCAAGGGACGGACAACUUUCAUCGUUGCGCACCGACUGUCGACCAUCAUGAACGCCGAUCGGAUUGUCGUCAUUGAAGACGGUGAAGUCGUCGAGCAGGGUAAUCAUGCUGACCUCGUCACGGCCAACGGCAGAUACGCCGAUUUGUGGUCCAAGCAGACGUUCCUCAAGCCCAAAGACGACGACUCCGCCGACGGCAAGAAGUCGAUUGCAACGAAUGGUGACCCCAAGCCAGAUGGCACCUCUAAGGGCAACGGCGCGUCCGUCGUGCAGGCCGACCAAGAUUCGCAGUCCGCAUUGACCGAGGCGGGGAAGGGUAACGAGGGUGUCCAAACUCCCAGUAACCACAAGAAAGAGGGAUCGCGACUUAACCCUGUUGCGCCCGAGUUCACGCCCAAGUCUCUAGUCCUCGCGAACGCUGCGAUUUCAACUCCCAACCAUCACAGCGUCCCCAAGCUGGUGACGCCGACUGUCUCGCUCAUCCGCAAACCCGCCAAACAAGCUCUCAACUGGGCCAGCGCUACUUCAUCAUCGGACGACGAGGAUUUCCAGACCCCUGUCGAAGCAUCUCCCACAAAAGCUGCUGAAAGAGUUCCUCGGUCCACUCUUGGCUCAGGCGUAGUCUCUCGCACGCAAAAAGCAUUUUCACCCGGCACGCUGUCUCAAGUUUUGGAGUCCGAGGCCGCCAGACAGGUCUUUCAGGCGGUGGACUCGGAUAACGAGUCCGUCCACACCGUCAUCAAGGUGGAGGUCCCUCGGUUCAGAACUCCCCAUGCCACCGCACGGCGUUUCAACGCAAAAAGCGACUCAAUCGGAUUGCCGGUGGAUGGCUCCGAGGACGGAAGCGAUGAUUCCGAAGAAUCGACACCCGUAGCGACAGGAAAGGAAGCAGAGCGCAAGCAGGAGCUUCGCCAUGCUUCUGCCCCGGUUCUGAAAGUACAAGUCGUCGCUCAAGGACAGGAGAAUGCGGUGCCUCCUGCAACCAUCAUUGCUUCAACGAUGUCGACAAACGAAAUGUCACCCAGGCCCACACCUUGCGUGACGGCCGGACCUGUCUCAAUUCCAUCGGCCCCUCCUCCACUCAAGGAGAAUAUGUCACCAAAGCCUCUGGGCCCUUUGCCUGCCUCCGGAUCGCAACAAUCCAACCAGCACAGGGGCAGGGGAAGGUCUAAUCGCGGCAAAAACCGUGGACGUGGCCGCCAUGCCAAUGCCAGGACAUCAAACGUUCCAGGUGCUGCCAGCGCUAAAACUCCAGUCAACAACGAUCAUCACGCCUAAUCUUAUCUUCCUUUUCUCCCUUUGUUUUCUUAUCGUACCCCUUCAAUCACUACAUUUUUUCUUUGUUCGGGUCAUGGUCCGGGUCCCCUGUAUCAUCACUGUGUACUAUUGCUAUCUCACUCGGUGGCGCUCAUGUAGCCACUCCAUGUGGCAAUAUCUAGGGAGGGAGCCUGCGCAAGCUGGCGUAAAGAGGGCGAAGAGGCGGUGAAGCAUCUCUUUUCAUGAAGAAACGGCCUGUCAUCAACAGGAAGCAAAAAACGGACAGCUCGGUUUUCAUUAGACUCAAUGGGGUGGAUCAGAAAAGAGACUGGCAAAGUCUCGCAGCUCUUAGACUAGACAAGAUGUACGGAUACCGGUGGCCGGUUACCUGAUCAAAAAGCUUAAGUUUAGCCACAGAAAAAAAGUUCGACAAACUGUUAAUCGCCUGCAUUUUCGUCGCGCUUUGCUUGACACUGACAUA